AUGUUCCACCUCUUCUCCCACUGCUGGUCAUGGCUGCAGGCCAUACAGGAGCCUGUCAGAAAGGUGACCCUCCUCGUCAUGGGGCUGGACAACGCAGGAAAAACCUCCGUCAUUAUGGACAUAGAGAGAGCACUGGCCGGCGAGGUGCUGCCCGCGGCACAGCCCGGCCAGACCUGCCUGCGGGUGGACAGGUUCGAGGUGACACUGGUGGACCUGCCCGGGGGCCAGCGCUCCCGCAGCACCUGGCGCAACCACUACAGCGCGGCCCACGGGCUCCUCUUCGUCCUGGACUCCAGUGACCUGGCACGGAUGGAGGAGGCCCGCAAGGUCCUGAGCCGCGUCCUGAGCCAUCCCGACAUCUCCGGGAAGCCCAUCUUACUGCUGGCCAACAAGCAAGACACGGCGGCCGCCCUGCUGCCCUGCGAGCUGAUCGAGCGCCUGUCCCUGGAGCGGCUGGUCAACGAGAACCGCUCGCCCUGCCGCAUCGAGCCCUGCGCUGCCAAGCGGGGCCCCCCCGACGGCCCGGCCCGGGCCACCCUGCAGGGGCUGCGCUGGCUCCUCCGCGCCGCCUCCGCCGAGGAGAGCACGAAGGGCCCCGGGAGGAGGAAGAGGAAGGUGAAGGUGAGGAAGAAGGGCUCGGGGCAGCCAAGCCCAGCCGAGGAGCCGGAGGGACCAGGAGGAGGGGGCGACAGCCGAGCCGGGGUUGCCGGGGGGCUGCUGCCUCCCAACAGGGUGGGGCAGGAGGAGCCCGCGCCCACCGGGAAGGCCACCCCCCACCCAGCGCAGGGCAUGAAAAAGAAAAAGAAGAAGAAAAUCAAGAAUAAAAUCAAGUCGCAGGAGCCUGCUGUGGAGCAGCAACGUGAAGAGGUCUCGAACUUGUACCGCCGGGCGAUGCUGGCUCUGAAGAUGAGGCAGGAGCAGAGGAAGCCUCAGUCCGCCAUCGCCCCCUGA